AUGGAUUUCGAAGCACCGGCCCCGAGUGUUGAGCACCAGCGUGAGCCCUGCCCGCACAGAAUUAUCGACGAUGUCGGCGGUGCUUUCGGUAUGGGCGCCAUCGGCGGCUCCAUCUGGCACUUUCUGAAGGGCGCGCGCAACUCCCCGCAGGGCGCGCGCUUCAUCGGUGCCAUAGACGCCGUCAAAGUCCGCGCGCCGGCGCUGGGCGGCAGUUUUGCGGUGUGGGGCGGCCUGUUUUCCACUUUUGAUUGCUCUUUGCAAGGCAUCCGCGGGAAGGAAGACCCCUGGAACUCGAUAGCGUCUGGCGCGCUCACAGGUGGUGUCUUGGCCAGUCGCUCGGGCAUGCGUGCAGCGGGGAAGAGCGCGGCUGUAGGGGGGGUGCUGCUCGCCCUGAUUGAGGGUAUUAGUAUCGCCAUCACUAGGUAUGGUAGUAGCAGGCCGGCACCACAGGAAAUCAGCAAGAUGAGGGAAGAAAUGGAAAAGCAGAGGGGGCGUGAAGGGCUUGCGGCCGCGGCUGCGAGCCAAUGA